AUUUUUCUAAAUAAUUGCAAAGCUGCCAGCUAUGGUUUACGGCAAAAUAGGAUCCCAUUGCCACAAAUGGCGACUUUCGAAUUCAAUUGGGCAGUUAAAAUUGCAGCAGCGAAAUUUUAGGGUUGCUGUUAUUGGAGCUUCUGGCGGAAUUGGCCAACCACUUUCUUUAUUGUUAAAGAAUAACAAAUUGGUUACCGAACUGGCGUUGCAUGAUGUAAUGAAUGUUGAAGGUGUCGCUGCAGAUUUAUCACAUAUUUCGACAUCGAUUCCAGUCAAGGCCUUUAACGGGGCAGCUGAGUUAGACAAUGCAGUUAAAUGUUCGGACUUGGUCAUUAUUACAGCGGGCGUUGCACGCCGACCGGGCAUGGAUCGCGAACAGCUGUUUGAAGUGAAUGCGAAUGUUGUGCUUGGUUCGGUAAAGGCAAUCGCCAAAAAUUCGGCACAUGCCCUGAUAGCGAUCGUCACGAAUCCGAUCAAUGCGAUUGUUCCGAUGGCUGCCCAGUAUCUAAAGCGGAAGGAUGUCUUUGAUGCAAAUCGCUUGUUUGGUGUUACCACAUUGGAUUGUGUUCGCGCUGAGGCUUUUAUAGGAAAUUACAUGAACAUUGAUCCUAGGAAGGUGGAAAUACCUGUGAUUGGUGGCCACGCUGGCAACACUAUAUUACCCAUAAUGUCACAGUGCAAACCGGCCUUCCAAGGGGACGAUCAGUGUAAAGCAGCGCUUAUUAAUCGCAUUCAAAUGGGCGGCGAUGAGGUUGUUAAGGCCAAACAGGGCAAAGGCUCUGCUACCCUGUCCAUGGCCUUUGCCACCGCUCGUUUUGCUAACGCUCUGCUUCAAGGUCUUAAGGGUAAGGAGACGCCCAUUGAGUGUGCUUAUGUGCAGUCCGUGUUAACUGACGCAUGCUUUUUCGCAAGCCCUUUGAGCUUCGGUCCGAGGGGCAUCAAAAAGAAUUACGGACUGCCUCAGCUCGAUGAUGAUGAGAAAAAAGCUCUGAAAGUGGCUGUGGAAGGAUUAAAAAAGUCGAUUAAAACUGGCAUUGCAUUCGCAGACAAUUAUUGUUAAUAUUUCAUUCAAUAUACAAAUACGAAUUUAGACAUAUAA